CUCGGAGAAUCUUGCAGAGAUCCUGUUCCCGACAAGCCCUCGCAAAUCCUAGCUCAGCGGUAUCAGCCAGGAUCUGUGCACGCGAGGUGAUCUACUGGUCGGUCGUGGUCGUGUUGGACAUGUGCGAUAUUAUCGGGUCCUGAGUAGUGGGUGAGCUUUCCGGCCAGUCCUAGCAAGAUGGUGCGAGUCCUCAACAUCUCCGAGGCCCACGUCCACCUCCACUAUUCCACCAGGAGAUUCCGGCAGCUGUUGGUGGACGAGCUGAGAGGCAAGGCAGCCCUUAACGUCCUGGUGAACCCCGGCAGCAAGGCGGCCCAGAAGGGUGUGCGGGAGGGAGAUGUGAUCAGUUCCAUCAAUGGACAGCCCACCAAGUGUUUGACAAACGGAGAAAGCCACGCGCUCUUGCGGACAGUCGGAGAGACUUUGCGACUCGGCCUAAACCAGGACGCAAACGGAUCGCCGAAGAGAAGAAGUAAAGAACCAGUAAAAAGAGAGACUUCCAGCAGUUCUACGCACAGCACGCCGAGUACGCCAAUACUCGGAGACCCCGCCCCAGCCCCUACCGCCUCCGAGGCCACCUCCCCGAGCGACCAGUCUGAGCCAACGUCGGCCGGUGCCAAAGUUUUCGUGUGUGGACUUUGGAAUUCCGUGAAUAAGACAAAAGAGCGAGGAAAGAAAGGUACCAAGACCGAAGCUCAAGUGAAAUCUGCCGAGAACCCCUUACAGAGGGUUACAGAGUCGCCAGUCCAAGAUCCAGUGCCGAAGACAUCAUCAAGUAAAGCGAGGAGGCUGCGCAAGUUAAAGUUGAAGAAUGGAAAGCGAGAAGAACAAGCUACGCCCGACCACGAGAGUGAGGAAACAUUCGGUAUUGAGAGAAAUACACAGGAUAGGCGCGAUGAAGAUGACAAUAUCGAGUUGGUAGUUGUUAUGGAAGAAGAGGACAUAUGCAAAGUUGAAGCCGAUGUUUCGCGAAAUGAAGGAAGCCCUUCUGAGAGUGCUUCAGUCGUCAAAGAAACCACGACUACUGCAGUAGUGGAACAGAAAGACAACACUUCGAAAACGACUAAAUCAAAGACGAAAAAGAAAAAUGGAAAAAAUAAAGGUUUUAGUUUAUCACAAAUAUUUACAUCGAAGAAUGAAAAAAUUACUAGUAGUGAUGAUGUUAAAAUGGAAUUUAAAGACAGUACGAGUAUCACGACCGAACAAGUUUGUGACAGGAACAAGACAAAAGAAAUGGUUUUAAACGAAAAAUCUAUUCGAAUUAUACCUGCCGCUUUAGCGGAAGCGACUGGUGAGAUUGUAAAGGAGAUUUUAGCCGAAAGCAGUAUGGAAGCAAAUGAAAAUUCAGACCAGCAAUCUCAGUCCAACAUUUCAAGUAAUGAAAGUUCAAACAUACUGCCUGAGAUUACUAUUAAAGAACCCCCAAUUUUAAAUCCUUCCACAACUUUUACAAUCAAUACAAUAGAUCGCGAAACAAUAUUAGGGCCCUCUAAAACUGAAAUGAACACUGAAUAUAUUAAGUCAGCAUCGUCGGUUUUAAAAGAUUGUAAAACCAUAGCGAUUUGCUCCAGUGAAACUACAAAUGAGCCAAAACAGGGCGACAACAACAUUACAAAUAAAGAAGUUUUAAAAGACUUAAAAGCAAUUGAAGAUGAAGUGCUUAGUGUGGACUUGAAAAACAUUGACAACAAUCAAAGCAUAAAAAGAAAUGAGACGGAUGAAACUACCAAAAUUACAAUAUUUGUUGUUCCACCUAACAACGUAGCUACAGAAGCGGAAGCUCCUGGUGUAAAUUGGGAAUCAGUUUCUAAUUUUGAGUCAAAAUCUCAAAAUACCUCUUCUGGCAAUGAUGAAGUUCUACCAGAGACUUUAGUCCAUCUUCCAUCCAAUGAUCUCCAAGCAUCUACUAUUAUGAAAGAAGGUAGGAAUGGGAUAGUUCAAAUUGAUGACUACGACCUUUCUGUUCAAGAUUUAUAUAGUCCGUUUAUGGCUCCAGAAGAAGAGGCUAGGCUGAGGAGUUUCUUGGAAACUCUAAAUUUAACCAAACCUGAAGAGUAUGAUGACACAUCAUCUUCUAAGUCCUUCGGAGAUUCCAGUUCUACGUCCAUUUCGGAAAGUUCACCAAUACCUCCUCCAUCGAUUGAUGAAAUUGUAGUAUAUCGACAUGUCAAGAGUCACAGUGUUGCAGAGCCCUGUUACAUACCACCAAGACACCACCGCCAUUUAGAUGUUAUUACAGAAGAAAGCAGUGACCCAAGUGAUUCAGAAAGGAGACAGGGUUCAGUCAGACCGUGGGAAAAUUCUGAGAUGAUAAGAGAAAACAACGAUAUUGAGAAAAUCCCAAACGAUUGGUACGGAUCGGAGGAAGAACCGGAAACUACAUCUGAUGAAGGGGGAAUAGAUCUAUCGUGGAGAGACGGAAGAAAAUUGGAUGAUGUUGAAGGAGUUGAGGUUGUCUAUCUUAGUGAUGACAGCGAAGUGGAAAUAUCCGUAAAUAACGGUGAAAAUGUUCGUAUAUUAGACAAGAAUGAAAAUUUACCCGAAUUAGUUGUGGUUCACACCAUUGAUAGGGAAGAUGUAAAGAGCACGGUGAAGCUUCGUCACCCCAAAGGAAUAAAACACUCGGAGGACGAAGUUAAGCACAAAAAGAACGCAAUGGACGAAAUAGUUGCCAUACUUGACAGUACUUAUGAAAUAAAUAAAGACCUAUUUAUGAAGCAUUCUUCGAAUGAUGCUAACAUCAAGCCUUCUCCAAAAAAGAUGAACGAAUCGUCAUCUAGAAGAACAGAAAAUCUAAAAACUAAUCAGCAACAAAAGACAAAACCCCCUGUUAAAAUUAUGACCAAUACUGUUGACAAUGAUAAGGCAGCUUCAUCUAUUGUGAAGGGUGUUCUACAAUUAGAAAAAUAUGAUUCUCUAACUGCUCCAAAUGAAGAUAAAACUAAUGAGGACUCAUCAGAUGAGCUCCCACUAGCUCAAGAAUCUCUAGUUGCUAUGACACCACCAACUUUAUCUCGACAAGGAUCUUCAAGCAGUGCAACAUCUCAAAGUACGGCAAAGUAUAACCCCGGGCAGUCACCGAUGUCGUCUGAAACAGAAGAUAAGGCUGAAAUUGAGUCUAAUCGUAAACGGAAGACUAAAAAGAAGUUAUACAACCCCAAAAGCUUGAUAUGUUUGUCAAAAGAAGUUGUUACAUGCUUGCCUCAUGGAGAGUUUUACUUGAAAAAGAUCGGAUUUUGGAAUGCUGAUGUUUCAGAAAAUGAAGCUAAUUAUAGUAAUACGGAAACAUCAAUGAACGGGAAAUUAACUUCAUUACCACCUUCCGGGAUCUCAACCAGAAGAUCUUCUUAUUACGAAUUGGAACAUAUUUACUCUCAACCCAUCCGUAACGGUCACGAAAAAGAAGUUUCUCCUCCAAGACCUGUAUUGUUAAAAUCUCCACCUCCUUCAUCAUUGAUUUCCCCGUCACCAAAUAGUGAUCCGUGGAUAGGUUUACCUACUUCUGCAGAUAGUAGACUUUUGAUUUGCCUCUCCCCGUCUCAGUCGAAGGAAAACACUAUAACGUCAACUAAAGAAGCAACUGAACUGCUGGAGUUGCAUAAAAAGUUUGUAGAACGGCGUGGUUACCACGAAUCGAACAAGAGAAAUUCCAUAUACUCGCCAAAAAGUGAGAGAAGUCGCACUCCCGAUUUUAAUUCGCCUGAUCUAAUUAGACUCGAGCCGUACGAGGCCAAAGAAGCGCAAGUGUAUACACCCGAGCUAUUGAUAGAAGCUGCCAACUUGUUGGCACUGAAAGAGUAUCGUCAAAGUAGGUUCAAGAGCGGGCAACAAUUGAACACUUCAGAAACUUCAGAUUUGACCGUUAAUACAGUAAUCAACAGCGAUAAUUUAGAGAAACCCGAUGGCUUAAGUGAGGUGACGUCACCGCGGACGGAAAUAGGUGCAGAUUCAGAAGGCCCCGAUUCGAAUAGAUCAGCUGGCACUUCAAGACUCCUGGCGCUGCUCCAAGACAGUGGCGUACCGUGCUCGUCGCCGAAUAACACUGUUCCGUUAGAAAUGGACCGUGUUGAUAAGAGCGGCCCGGAAGCCGACCGUGUGCGUAGGUACACCGGAAGUUACAUUUCUGAGUGGUUAACAAUGACCGAAAACGUGUCAUCCAGCGCGGAUAUCAUUUCAAACACAGACUUUAAUAAAAACGUCGUCGAUUCGAAGGAGUGCGUUGAUAAUCGAGUGCCUAGCCUGGACAACGUUAACGAAGAAAGACACAAGGAUCGGAGACAAUUCGACGCAGACAAGUACAAGAUAUCGAAGCAAGGGGAUAUAGCGAUCAUCCAGUCUACAGAAGAGAGUGGAAGACAACACGCUGUUCGAGGUGAGAGACCGAAGUCCCUUCCGUCAGCCGGAGUGCCGGCGUUGACGCCCUCAGGGGGUGAGCUCUUCCGGGAACAGAUGUACCACGAGUACAUGAACAAAGUGGCAGAACGGACGGAAAGAAGGCAACAGAAAGUGAUAAAAAUAUCUAGUCGACCACUGUCCGCUCAUUCGAAACCCGAAAUCCAACAAAAAGAGGAGGUCCAACAAAAUCCUUCAGUGAACCAACUCGAAUCCGAGUUUAUGAUCAAGGCUCGAGAACGAAUGACCAAACUCGGCAUCAACCUCGAUGAAGAGCAGUCCUCUGAAACUACUGAAGAGACCAAAACAGAAGAACUGCCCAGACACCUGCAGGAGUUCAUCGAGCUGACAACAGCGCCCCUGGCGGACGCCGCACAAGACGCCCCCACGGAUGGCAAGAUUGCAUCUCAAAAGCCGAAGGUGGUGGUAGUAGACAAAGGCUUGCUCAAGGAAAUUGACCAAUCGCUAACUUUUAGCAAGGGAUUUCUGAUCAAGAAAGGCGUGUGGUCACCUGGAGCAACUCCUGAGCCUCAGCGCAAGCAGUUCAACUUCUCUGCAGCCAAGGAGGAAGAGCCACAGCCUCCUGAGGAUCAGGAGCCACAGCCUGCUGUGUGGACCCCUAAGAGUGCCCAAGCCAGCCCUACUACUGAGCGCAAGACCUUCCGUCCUGUUAAUUUCGAAUCUCCUAAGCCCUCCAGGAAAGCGACCAGCCAGAAGUCUGCUGAAGAUGCACCAAAGCCACCAACAGACCUCCCGCUGUCCCUAGACUCACCGAGUCACAGCCACAGUAGCUCUGUGUCCUCCAGCACCCAGUACCUGUCGUCGCGUGAGACUGUCACCACACAGUCACUGUCACAGUCACAGUCACAGGAAACGUCUGGUCGUCUUGUGACGAGCCACAGUCUGCCAGACACUUCACUAGACAACAAAUUACCACGAGCACAGAACCCCACCAUCACCCUACUGCAGAAGGCUAGAGAAGGUCAGCUGCCCCGGGGGGCCCACUACCUGGAACAGAACACCAGCGAGAAGAGAAGCAGUCCACCGACUGUGCGACCCAAUGAAGUCUUAUACUCAAUCCGAAAAGAGUACGACAUCGAAACUGAAGACAAACAACCAAAGAAGAUUGUAGACCUCAGUCCAAGAAAGUACGAUGGUAUUGGCCCAACCACCAGGGAAGGCAUCCCUAUCGUAUUGAGAUCAGAGGUGCAAGAUGAGAACCAACAAAAGUGGUACAAGCGCAUGUACGACUCACUUCACAGAGCUGAGAGAGACAAAGAAUAUGUUACGGUUCGAUACAAAACUCGCAGAGGUAGGUACCCUUACACCUCAUCUGCAGGAUAUCUCUCAGAGCCUGAGCCUCUAGGCGGAUACGACUCCGACUACGCAACAGCCAAGUACGCAACUUUGGACCGGCGGCGGAUACGCAACAAAGAAAACGACUUCACCACGAGUACGAUGCCAAGGAGCAAGUACAAUGCUGUGAAGCACGGUGUUGACGUUUACAAGAAUCAACCAGGACGCAUUGAAGAUUACGAACCAGGACAUUCGUCUAUCGCUGAUAAAGAAACAAAACAGUGGUGGGACGAAGUAAUGGAUAUUUUUGAUGGGCAAUUUGAACAGACGCAGAAAACCUCACCGCGAACGCACGCACCCACAACCACCAGCACAAACAAGCCUUUCAUGACUUAUGCUCUGAAGGAGUCUGGGUAUGAGAGUGAUUCAACACUUGUGUUCAAACGCAGAGACGAAACACAACAGCAGUUGUCCCCUGCAGAACAGAAACUUGCGUACAAAACCAUCCAGAAGGGAGGAGACGUGCCAUUGCAUGGAUUGCGUAAACCAGUGCCUGAGAAACCCAAAGAACCCAUCAGAGGACGAGUUGCUGUGCCUCAACGGGGGUCCUACCCACCUCAAAGGAGACCUGAAUCACCUCAUCGCUAUGUGGAAUCGGAGGUGACAAUCCACUACCGCAGCCCUGUACGAAGCGAGGAGAAGGAAGCGUGGUCGGAGGAGGAGCUCCAGCGAAGGCAGGCGGAGGCCAUGAGAAGGAUAUAUCAGGAAGAGCGACGGCGCAAGUACCUGCAGGAGUUACAGGACAUGUACAGUCGCCGGCACACCGACAAUUUUACACCAUCACAGAAGUCUCCGAUUCCUUUGAAUCGUUACGAUGAUUUUGUAGAUGAUUUGAGCCCAAGUAAACCUCGUGACCGUACGCCCGAGCCAAAACUGGUAGCCAGAGCACUUUACAACUUCAUUGGCCAGACAUCAAGAGAACUGACCUUCCGAAGAGGGGACAUAAUCUAUGUUCGGCGACAGAUAGACAAGAACUGGUACGAGGGAGAACACAAUGCCAUGAUUGGUCUCUUCCCUUUCAACUAUGUUGAGAUUAUUCCUUAUGAUGGCAUUCGGACCAUACCGAAGAGGCCGACAGAAGGUCAGGCAAGAGCAAAGUUCAACUUCCAGGCCCAAACACAUCUGGAGCUGCCAUUGGUGAAAGGAGAAUUGGUUCUGCUGACCAGGAGGGUAGACAAUAACUGGUUUGAGGGCAGAAUUGGAACCAGGAAAGGCAUCUUCCCAGUGUCUUACGUGGAAGUGCUGGUGGAGCCUGGAGAGAGAGCUUUGAGUCCUGUCAGAGUGAACACCCCCACCAAGCCUGUGGCCAGCCCAGCCGCUCACUCGCUUCAUGUCAGCAACAACAUGAGUCAGCACCACUACCAGCCCCCUCGCCCUGUCAGUUACACGUCCCUGCCAAGACAGAAGACAGCAGAUCUGAAGCAGCCGCCAGUCAAUCAAACUCUGCACAUCGACACGCAGAACGAACCUGUACCCUACCGGGUGCUGUACAACUACAAGCCUCAGAAUGAGGAUGAGUUAGAGCUGGUUGAAGGUGAGACUGUCUACGUGAUGGAGAAGUGCGACGAUGGUUGGUAUGUGGGCUCCAGCCAACGCACCGGCUACCUCGGCACUUUCCCUGGCAACUAUGUUGAGCGCCAAGUAUGAGGAACAAGUAAUGAUAGCAGAAGAAGAAAGAAGAGAUGACAACAAACCAAACCAAAGAGGUGUUAGUGUACGUAAAGGUGGCUUCUUGAUAACACAGAUAAACUGUUAAGAACUGAUCAAUAGAAGAGAAGUUUGGCUAAUGUACCACCGACCACGAACAUGUUGAGACCCACGAGUUACUCCGAAAUCCAGAUUGAGAGCAAUGUCUAAAAAUAUAUCACUUCACCACAUGCCAAACGAAUACCAAUGUAAAUACAAGGUGGUGUAUAACGCACACAAUACCACUUCAUUUUUACAUAACUACAAAAUGUAAAUUAAGAAAAAUUAAGUGUUUAGAAUUGUUAUCUACCACAAGCACCAGAAUGCAUCAGUUCCUCUUCUGUAGUGUUUAGUAUAUGAUGACAAUACAAAAUUAACAUUAAUGAAAUAAUCCUAAUGAGCAAUAUGUUUUGAGUGUGACUGAAGAGAUUUUGGAUGAAUUUUCAAGUUCAGUUUCAAAGAUUGAUUGAUUAUAUGUUGGAGUGGAGAAGGAAACUGCCUUAUAUAUGAGUCAAGAGAGGAAACAAUCAGUUUUAUAAUUUGUACAGUUCUCUGUCGUCGCUAUGUUGUAACCUCGCUGGACCAUCUCACAUAGUCUUAGUCUGUUCUUUUCAAAGCUUUGUACUAUAGGAAUAGGUCAAGAAGAAAAGAAUUUUCAUUAUAUUUAUCACUCUAUUAAUGUUAUUUAUUUCACUAGAUCAAUGUAUAGACCCACUGUAAAGAUUUAGCAAGCCAAAGAUCGAGUAACGUUCAUAAUUUUAUUUUGUAUAUAAUCAGUUGUAGUUGAAAAUGUAGAUUCGGUAUUUUUGUAAUCAUAAUGUGUGCUUCCAUAUUUGUGGUUAAUGUGUCGUCAACGAGUUGGUGCGAGCAUUUACCAUAAAAUACUGCUUGUAUUUUUAAUAAUCCAGUUCUUUCUUGAUGCAGUUGACUGUUAAAACAAAUGUUAUUCAGGAACUACACAACUUUACUGUGUAUUUUAUAACAAGAUCACUGAGUUAUAUAUAUGCCAUUAACAUAACUGUAAUUUAAUGACCACAAGCUGAAUAUUACCUUUUUGAAACUAUAAUAUUAUUGAAUUUAUUUUGUUCAGUUCAACACCAGUGUAACAAAAAUGUGUUUUCUAAUAAUAAAUUAAGGUAUAAGAUUUAAUUUUAUGUUCCUAAAGUAAGCUGGAAAUAGUUUUUAACCAUUUAACAACUCACUUAAAAAUGGUUUUUUAUCUUUCAUAUUACAAUGUUUAAGGUUACAUUUUUAUAGAAUUAUUCUGUAAUUGCAAAUAAACUUGUAUUUGUUAAAAUUAUUAUUUUAGUACAUAGAUUUUAUUAUGUUGUUGGAGCACAUCAAACUGUUAUUGUAGUUGUAAAAUCACCUUUUAAUCAUACACAUUUUUACUACUACAUUUUUAUUCAAGAUUAAGAAUGUGAGCUUAGCUUCUUAUUUAACCAGUUUAUUUUAGUUGUUUUGUUUUCCUAUUACAAAAUUUAUGUGUUUGUUUAGUUUAUUAGUGAAUUUGUUUUAUUUUAUUACUAUGUUACCAAUUAAACGUAAUAUUUAUAUUGUGCAAAUAAAACUUGAUUAAUGUGAAGAGCAGUUUACUCCAUGAGUAUCUAUUUAAACUUUUAACAAAAUAUAAGAUCAGUAAAAAUGUACUCAAUAUUAUAAAAAAUUCUCUUUAUAUUUAUAAAUUUCUGACAAGUGUUUACACUUUAUUCUGGGUUAGUCUAGUCAGUCCAGUUAUAACACGUUGCAGAGUGUCCACUAAAGAUGACUUAACUGUGCUUA